AUGGCGUCGUCACAAGCGCCUCCUGCGGCCCCGACCGAGGGCCAGGACAAUGGUCCCCGCGAGCCCAAGUAUGGCGGCUACACGCGCUUCGAGAUCGAGCUCGAGUUUGUACAGUCCCUGGCCAACCCCAACUACCUGAACCACCUCGCCGCCCAGAAGCUCCUCCAGCAGCCUGCCUUUGUCGCAUAUCUCAGAUACCUGCAGUACUGGAGCCAGCCACCCUACCUCAAGUAUCUCACCUAUCCGGGCCCGACGCUCAAGAACCUCGAGCUGCUGCAGCAGGAGCGCUUCCGGCGCGACAUCAUCAGCCCCGACUUUGUGGCCGCACUGAUCCAGGAGGGCACAAAGGCCGCCGUCGAGUGGCACAAGGAGAAGGAGGUCUGA